UCUCUCAGUCAAUUACUGAACCAGUUUGUAUGGCAAAGUUGCUUCAUGAAGAGGUUAUAUCUGAUGAGGCUCUGUCUUGUGUCAUGUCUACCAGAGGUUCUGUCUCUGACAGUAGAACAGUUCUCCUCAAAGCUGUACGAGAUGCUGUUCACUCUAAUUACAAACACCUGGAGUUGUUUGUUACUGUAUUGAGGAAGUUCUCUGAGACUGCUCAUAUUGGAGAUACUAUCUUUGAAGAAUAUAGAAAUUGUUUCAAAUAUUAUGAUGAUGUUGAAGAAGAUGAAAUUCAUUUUUUAGAAAGGAAUGUAGAUCUAACGUUAGGGAAAAAAUCUCAAAGAAAGCCUAUGUCUACUAUUUCUGAAAGUUUAUCGUUUGAUCAAGAGAAGAAACAUAGUAUUCAUAAAAUUCUUUUCCCUCGUAACAUGAAGAACAAGUUUAAAAAGAUGAGAAUAAAGUUUGGUUCUACAUUUUAUCAUGUUCGACGUAGUUUUACCAGCAGGGAAAACAUUUUAAACAUCUAUGAAGUGAAGGAGCUGAUUUUGAAUUGGUUUCCUGAUCUGAAGCCUCAGCUCUGUUACAAGAAGACCAUUGGUGAAGUAUUAAAUGUAGUUAAAAGAAAGUGCAACAUCAUUGACAUCAGCCCACUUGAAGUUUUAGCUUUUGAAUUUAAAAUAGAAGAGGCUGAACCAAUCAUUAAGUCAUACAAAGAGGAAGCUAAGGAUUUCUGCAAGUCAGUAUCAGUGAGUCUUUGCCUUGGUGAGGAGCUACAAGCAGUUGCUACUCCAUCUCGCCUUUUAUGUGAAACUGUUGUAUUUGUGUUCAACUGGGAUCCUGAUGAACAUACGCUGCAGGAUAUCAAUGAUGUUUUAAAUGAAUUGGAACCACUACAUAAGUGCCACAUACAGAUUGAUAAGGUUGGUCCUGGUCGAUCAGUUGUAGUGACCUGCUACUGUCCUGCUGAAUACACUGACUUACUUAAAAGAAUUGUCCUUGAGAAGAUAGAUACACUGCAAAGGAAAGGAUUAAAAGAGUUUGUAACAGGCAACUGUACUUUAUGGGAUACUUCUCAGGUUUUUCUGGCACAAAUUAAUAAUUUGACAGCUGAUUUAGAGGACAGAGAUAAAAGAAUACUGGAGUUAGCAACAUUUAAGGAGCUAUCAGAAAGCAGAUUAAAAGAAAUAGAAGCGUUACAAAUUGGUCUUAAAGAGAGUCAAUGCAUUAAUGUUCAAAAGGAAGAAGUGAUUAAUCAACUUAAGGAGAAAAUAUCAUUGCUCAAUGAAGAAAUUGUAGAUAAGGAUAGAAUAUUAAAUCAGUUAUUAGAAGAUAGUGAGAAAGAGUUAGCAUCAUUGAAGGAACUAUCAGAAAACAGACUAGAAGAAAUAGAACAAUUAAAAAUGAAACUUGAAAGCACUUUUGACGAUAUUACUGAAUUAUCAGGUGAAGAAGCACCAGAGACUAAUGAAUCACUUGAUACUGACACAUCAAUAGAAGAAGAGGAUGGAGAGGUGGAGUGGAGUUAUGAUGAUGUACAUCUUUUUAAUCCAUCAGUAAAUCAAUGCAUAGAAGUGAUCAAUAAACUGGAGGAUAAACAUGAGCUUGUUGCACUGUCUGACUCAUCAUCUGACGUCAUACAGUUCCUAAUACCAAUCAUAUUGGAAAGAAGUACAGUAAAAACACUAUGUAUAUUUUCCUCAAUUUUAACACGUGAUGAUAUCCUCUCAUUUUCUACUCAAAUAUCAACCAACAUAUCAUUGACAAGUUUAGACUUAUCUAAUGGCUCAAUCAGUGAUGAUGGAGUCAUUGCACUAGCACAAUCACUACAAUAUAAUAAUACACUUCAAUACUUAGAUCUUGCAUACAAUACUGGAAUCACUUCAGCUAGUGCUCAGCCACUGGUUGACCUUUUGCUCAUUAAUAGUACACUCUGUCGACUUGAUCUUUACCAUACUAGCAUUGGCCUUAUUGGAGUAAUGAUACUGAUGGAAUUAUUCAAGACCAAUAAAACACUAAAGGAACUCAAGUUAGACAAACGGUAUAAAGAAACUUGUUCUUAUUUUGAACAGAUCAAAAACAGAGUUACCUUUUUGUAGGUACAAUUAUCUAAUUCAUAAUAAUUGUGUAUAUAUAAUGACAAAUGUUGACGCAGAAUAACAUCUAAAAAUAA